AUGGCUCGGCCCUUUGACAUCAGCCAGCACUUGUUAUGCCCCCCACCCCAGUACAGAUAUGAUGGGCACAUGAGUGAGGUCCUCGGGAGACAGCCGUUACCUAACCCUUCAGAAAUCUACGCUGGAGGAGCUAAUCUAGUGAGAGCCGUUGCCUUGGAGAGGAUGAAGCUGUCAACGACACUCCAAGGGGGCCGCGGUGGCGGCAAGACCAACAGUGCCCCUGAACAGAUGGGCCCAGAUGACAGUCGUGGUGGCCGUGGCCUUAGAGAAGCCACUACCCGUGCCACCCCUGGAAAACUUUACUCUGGACCGGGGCCCCUCAGCUCUGCACCAGAGUUUGUACACAAGGGCUUGAAGGUGGAAUCUGACGGGGUAACUGACCAGCUUUCAGCUGCGUCCUCGAAUGAGGUGCAGGCGCCAGUGAGGAUGCGCAUGCGCAACCAUCCGCCACAAAAGAUCCCUGACUACAAGAAGCGCCUCUCACUACCCGAUGACAGCCUGCUUCCCCAGGGCUACCUCGAGAAGCUGAUCCUCAGUAGCCCAAUCUUUGACAUGCUCUGCAGCCGCCUCCUGCAGCACAUCAGCCUGUCGGAGAUUGGCUCGAGGAAACUGGAGACAUACAUGAAGCUGGACAAGCUGGGCGAGGGCACCCAGGCCACCAUCUACAAAGGCAAAAGCAAGCUCACAGAUGGCCUUGUGGCACUCAAGGAGAUUAGGCUGGAAAAGGAAGAGGGGCUACCCUGCACUGCCAUCUGGGAAAUGUCCCUGCUCAAGGACCUCAAACAUGCCAACAUCAUCACACUCCUCGACAUCAUCCACAUGGAGAACUCCCUCACCCUUGUCUUCGAGUACCUGGACAAGGACCUGCAGCAGUACCUGGAUGACUGUGGGUCCAUCAUCAACAUGCACAACGUGAAACUGUUCCUGUUCCAGCUGCUCCGUGGCCUGGCCUACUGUCACCGGAAGAAAGUGCUACACCGAGACCUCAACCCCCAGAACUUGCUCAUCAACAGGAGAGGAGAGCUCAAGCUGGCUGACUUUGGGCUGGCCCGGACCAAGUCCAUUCUCACGAAGACCUACUCCAACGAGGUGGUGACGCUGUGGUACCGGCCCCCCGACCUCCUGCUCGGGUCCUCACACUACUCCACCCACGUUGACAUGUGGGGUGUGGGCUGCAUUUUCUAUGAGAUGGCCACUGGCCAGACCCUCUUCCCGGGCUCUGGGGUGGAGGAGCAGCUGCACGUCAUCUUCCGAGUCUUGGGAACUCCGACUGAGGAGACAUGGCCGGGCAUCCUGUCCAACAAAGACUUCAGGGCACGCAACUACCCCAGGUACUGUGCCGAGGCCCUUGGGAGCCAUGUGCCCCGACUUGAUAGUGAUGGGACUGAUCUCCUCACCAAGCUGCUGCAGUUUGAAGGUCGCAAUCGAAUCUCUGCAGAGGACGCCAUGAAACACCCGUUCUUCCUCAGUCUGGGGGAGCAGAUCCACAAACUUCCUGACACUACUUCCAUAUUUGCACUAAAGGAGAUUGAGCUACAAAUGGAGGCCAGCCUUGGCUCUUCAUUGAUGCCUGACUCAGGCAGGUCAGCUCUCCAUGUGGUGGACACUGAGUUCUAA